UAUGUAUGUGGAAACCGUGUAACGUCGCACAAGAUAAAAUCGAAGCGGUGUAAUCGUCAGCAUCGUAAACGAACAGCCAUGGCGGUCGAAGGAACGUUUAAGUUGAUGAAAUAUCUGUUGCUGGUCUUCACGUUUUGUUUCUGGAUGACUGCCAUUGCCAUGACAACGGUCGGUCUAUGGUUCAUCGGAGACAUCAGAUUCUUGGAAUUUAUCAAAUAUAUAUCAGCGGUGGAGGGAAGCCCCGACCUGUGGAGCAUGAGAGCUAGCGGUAUACUCAUGCUCGUGCUGGGUAUCUGCGGUCUCGUCAUCGGCUUCUUCGGCUGUCUGGGAUCGUUCAAGGAGAACAAAUUCCUGCUCAGCACGUUCUUCGUCUUGGUGUCAUUUUUGCUUCUUGGAGUAAUCGCGGUUACGGUCUGGGCGCUGAUUUCCAGAGCAAAGAUGUAUGAGCUUCUGUAUGCCGAGAUAGACCGUUACGUAAACCUCUACUACACACCCGGAUAUGAUGACAUCCACUUCACGCUCGACCAUUUACAACAGUUUAGCCGAUGCUGCGGCGCUAACGGAACCGUCGACUACGCCGUACGUAACGUGGAGAUUCCGAAGUCAUGCAUUAACGGAUACACGGGCGAACGCUAUCUCUCGGGCUGCUCCGAAGAGAUCAUGAACCGGUACCGAAGACACUUUGGGAUGCUGAUAUCCUUGGGUACGAUGGUGAUAGCCGAACUGAUGGUUGGUCUGAUGUGCACACUCUGUCUCUGCUCCAGCAUCAGCGAGCAAGACGACAAAUUCCGCUAAACACCAUUCGCACCCGAGUCUCGAAACAUUACGGCCAUAAAUAUAGAACGUACGCUAUACAUACUAGAUCUACGUCACGGCCAUGAAGCGCCUAGCAGUAGCGCAGCAGGUGUAGAGAGAAUACGGACGCGAAACGUGGGCCUAAUACUCCUCAAUGAGGGUGGCAUGGUGAUCAGAAUUUCCUAAUAGAUUCGGUGCGUUUGAGUUGUGCAUCAGGUAAAGCUACGCCUAUUUUAGUGAUAGAUAUCCUGUUAGUAAGUAGUCAUGCGGUUUAAUGCCUUCGCUCGACGGACGUUCUAUCGCAUCUCAUUUGCCUAUUCGUGUUUGUGAAUGGUCAUUAUAUUAGGUUUUUAGAAGUAAACAAAUGAAGUAAUAAUAACCAAUAAGUAUUAGGAUCAGAAGUGCAUAAUAUAAAGAUAUCAAUACACUUCUGUUACGAUGAUCUGUGACGAUUUCAUGCGAUAUCUGCAUGCAUAUAAUGCAUACCUAUAUAUUCAAGAACCUAUUGCUUCUUGCAGUCAGCCGACUUUGUUGGUACCUAUAUAAAUAGCUCUGCUGCACUUACAAAAAAGUUGAUUGGUGUAUAAACUCUGCUGACGUGAAACCAGAUUUUAUUACGAUUUACGGGGAAAACUAAGAAUAGAUGAAAAGGUCUGCAUCGUGCCACAACUAAUACGAAUAUAUGUCAUUAAAUGCGCGUGAAAUAAAACCGCGUGGGGAUACUGUGUGAUCAAAUAUCGAUUGCGAAGUUUAAGCACAUCGCCGUUAAAUGCGUACUUUUACACAUUACACAUAUACGAUUAAUCGUAUAUAUCACGAAUAGAGACACAAUCCACAGAUAUUAACGCUGCUCACUGAAAGCCCGUAAAAAUCAUGUUAAAUGUUCACACCAUUUAUUAAAUUCUGAUUAAUGUUAUUAUACAGAAGCAGGAGAGAAACAAACAUACGUCUUACUUGUAUGUCAUACUAUCAUUAUACAUGUUAUACACUACAAUAGAAAACCACACUUAACCAUGUAGAGUGACAAAACGAAUAUCGACGUCAGAAUGAGAGAGGCGGGGGACACCUGCCCAUGUCUACUGUACUAAUGUCCACGGCGAAAAUCCUGACAAUUCAUCUUAAUAUUUGUCUAAUAAGUAGCUAAUCAAAUGCUAUGCCUAAUUGAAAUGCGAAAAAAUCACUACCUUCAUGUGUAUUUAGAUGCCGGCUUUGCAACUACAAUUAGUGACACUCACACCCAGCGCAUGCUAAAUACUCAUAACCUGAUAUAAACAAGA